UCAAAGUCUGAAAGUAAGCGACAGUAAGCAUACGUAAGCGGUCAGUGUUCUGUUUUCAUUUCGUGUUCGCUUCUUGUUUUCGGAAUAGAAGCGCAUUUGUUAAUUAAAGUGAGACUGUUAUUUAAUAUUUUGUAUAAUUAACAAUCAUUAAAUUAUGGCUGAGACACCCGAGGUUGUAAAAAUUAAUAAGUGGGAUGGUGCCGCUGCCAAAAAUGCUAUUGAUGAUGCUAUCAGAGAGGUACUGACAGGAGACUUAAAAUGCAAGGAGAGUUUUGCUCUUAUUGACGGCCGCCUGUUCCUGUGUGCUUUAGCAGUGGGUGUGGCCCUCUACGCUCUGCUCUGGGACUAUCUGUACCCAUUCCCACAGUCCAGAUUGGUGCUAAUAAUCUGCGUGUCCUCGUACUUCAUACUUAUGGGAAUCCUGACUCUUUACACCACAUUCAAGGAAAAGGGAAUAUUUGUAGUGGCCAAAGAAAAAGUGGGCAACAAUCAACGAGUAUGGGAAGCCAGCUCCUAUGUUAAAAAGCACGACGACAAAUACAACCUGGUUCUAGUGAUGCGCGACUCCAACGGCAAAACCCGCGAGGCUUCCAUCAACAAAUCCUUCGCCAAUUUUAUCGACACCAACGGCACGAUUGUUCAACCUCUAGUGGUUAACGAAGUCACCAAGAUUUACAACUCGCUCGCCUCCGAGAAAAAGGACAAGUAGUGUGGUCUCAAAUGUGUUUUGUAAGGUCUGAACUUUAAAUUAAUAAAGUGUUGGAGUAAAUUA